UUAAAGUGUAUAGAACUUUAUAAUCUGUAGUGAUCCUCAUACUGGCUUGAAAGGAACAGAACAGACUCUUCACACUAUUAGUGCACUGGUUUGGGACUUUAGUGAUCAUCACAAGACAUCACUUCUAUGAACAGCAUUUAUAUUGGCAUGAAAUGCCACAAGCAUCUAAAACAGAAUUUUCUGAAAGCAUUUAAAAAUAAUUAAGGUUAUUUUGAUUUAAUGACAGUUUGACCAAACACAGCGGUCAAGGUUGUAGGCUUUAUAAUCAUGGUCAUAAAGGAUAUUUUAGCUAUGAUACCAGUAAUAAUUAUUGUUCCCAUUUUCCAAUUUAGCCAGCCAGAUACUUUAAAAUUGAGCUUUCUUGCACUGAGUUUUUAAAGCAUUUGAAUAGUCUUGUGCAAUAAAAGUGCAAUAAGGAAGGAGCAGGAGGUUUCUGCAUGUGUCUGUCUGUCUGAGCCACCAGGGGGGACUCAUUCCUCAUCUAUAACUUUUCUGCAGCAAGUAUCUGAAAAAAACACCCAUGCCUGAACCAGGUCUAGAAAGUCAAUUCAGCAGAGAGUUUGUCUUCUUUCAUGUUAAGAGAGCUUUAUGUAAAAUCUUGUCAAUCUGCAGUGCUCUUUCCACUCUGCCCAUGACUGCGUCAGCCACCCAACGCAUUGAGCAGCAAAGCCAGACCAAGUCUGGCCACAGAGGGACCCGAGUUCAGCUUGGAAAUCUUGUAUGUCAGUGGAGUAUGGUCACUGCCACCCCCUGCCUGCUUUAAACUGACCUGGGACUUGUUGGACUGACAGAAGACUCAGCAGACAGCCUGGCUUGGCUUCUCACACAUUAAACUCCUUCACACUGCUGGUCAUGGCUUUGUGGCUGAAAGGAAUAUUUUUUGGCUGUAUGUGCAAAAGGUAGCUCUUCUUUCAUAGCUCUUUCACAGCUCCUUUGUUACUGUCUCACUACUGCAUUUCUUUUUUCCAACUAUUACAGCCUUCCUUAUUUAUUUCAAUUUCACUGCGUGUCUUAGUAUUUUUAAGCAAAAUUUGUCCAUCUUGAAACAGAACUGUGUUAUUGCUAUGAUCACAAGGAUGUUUUAUAGCAUCCUGUUAAACAAGAGCAAAAAUGUCUGAUGUAUGAACUCUGGAGACCUGUCAGGAAAGUGAUAUAAUUUUGAAUUCCCACUUAAAAGCCAAAUACUGAAAAUUUCUUAAAAUUUUGAACUCUGUCAGGCCAGUGGGACUCUUCUUGUGGUCUAUAGAAAGAUUUUGAAAUACUGAAGGGAAUUCUCUAGCGGCAUUAAAUUUUCAAAUUUUUGUCUUAUUUUGUAAAUGAUUUCAUGGAGUAGUUACUUAUUUGGUACUUUCAGGCACCUUUAAUUCAAUUUUCCCUUUCCUUAAUUAAUCUAGGAAUUUCCCCCAUUUCUGGGCACAAUCAGUCAUGGUUUUUGUGCACAUCAUAACAUCAGAUGGUUGCAUUCAGCUCCAUUUGAAAUACAUCAUCUAAUUACAUUCCUUCAGAUGUCUGGUGUAUUCUUAAAGCAUGGUGAGCUUUGUAAGAAGCUCACAUGAAAACCAGUGAGAGGUACUGGCUACCAUAAAAAUAAAAGAAUGGACUUGGUUUUCAUCAGUUGUGGAUUUUUCUCUUCUUGAAUAUGUGCAGGAAACUGUGUUUGAAAUUAUGCCUUUAAAAAUCUUACCCCUGAUGACUCAACUAAACUUGCUCAUUACGUGCUUCUGGUAGUCAUAAUGUCAUUCCACCUCCCCAUUUCACACAGUUUUCUCUUUAAUUUUUCACUCUUGGUUUCAGCUGCACUGUCUGGGGAAAAUGUAACAACAAAAGCAGAAAUUCUUUUUCUUAACAGAAUUUAUUGUGAUGAUAACUGACAGUGCUGCAGCAGAAUUAACAAAGAUUGCAGAGAAUUUGAUAAAUAGCAGAGCUUUCCCCGAAGACAUGUGACUGAUGAUGACUGUGCUGAAUUUUCUUCCUCUUUCUCCCAAGUGAAGUUUUAUACCAUCAGAUACUGAGCAAAAAAAGUAGCUAUGUUUGGACUCCUUUUUUUCAUCUUAUUUACCCCUGGAGUCAGUGAAUUCAUUUGUACAUCAGCAGAUCUUGAAAUGUCGUAUACCUUUUGUGAUUCUACAGCUCAUUCUUUCAUGUUUAAUCUGACACCUUGCAGCACAAGGAACAAACCUGUCUGGAAGGCUGCUCUUACCUGGAUUCCAAGAAGUGACAUUCACUUUUUGAAGAUUGUUUUCAAUGUCUGGUAUGAUGGUGCCAAAGCACUCCUCUGGAAGGAGCUCCUCUGCAGCGGAGCUGACGAUGAAUACUCACUGUGCGGAACGCUGAAAGGAGAAACACUUGAAUCAGCAUUUGACAUUAAAGGCUCAAGAUUAGAAUUUCCAAAGGGCAAUUAUAGUAUUGUUGUGCAAGGAUUCUCUGAUGAUUCUGAGAAUAAUAUGCUCAUAUGCUUGAAUGUCACCAUGAUAGUGAAAUAAGAUGCUUUCUGAGUGCAACAAACUUCUCAAAUAAUUCCAGAAUAUGGAAGUCACUUCUGUGAGCAACUGUGAUCCAAGCUGUGAAGUAAUAUGCACACUGAACUUCCUGAAGCAGAACACAUCAUGUGCUGUCUGGGAAGCUCUAAAAUAUAGUCUUUCUCAUUUGUAGCACAGCCAUAAUCAGUUGCUCAGCCAAUGUGCCCAAAAUUUCCGGGAAUCAGGCAUCCUGAUUAAUCCAUGGAAUUACCCUGACUGGAUGGCAGGCUGGUCCUGCAUUUUGGUGCUGUGCCUUGAGUUACAAUAAAGUUGAGUGUUUCAGGCUGAGCUAAAGUAAUCAAGAAGUUUUGAAGUUUUCAAGUGCCAGAAUCAGAAGUUCAUCAGUAUUCAAUUUAAAGCAACACAGCAAUUGAAUUUGGGAACCCUGCUGUGAGGUGGUGGGGGGUGUUUUUUUGGUUUGUUUGAGUUUUUUUU